AUGACCAAUAAUACCAUACCACACGAUCAUCAUCAUCAUCGGCUGCGGCCGCAUCAUCAGGAGAUGGAUCAGCUGCAAGCACUGGCUGUGAAGCCACAGGUGAAGAGGCAGGCGAGGAGGAGGACGCACACGAGCAGGCCGUACCAGGAGAGGCUGCUCAACAUGGCGGAGGCGCGGCGGGAGAUCGUCACCGCCCUCAAGAUCCACCGGGCCAGCAGCACGAGGCAUCAGCAGCAAUCCACGUACCAGCAUCAUCAUCACGAGCCGCCGCCGCAUCAACCACCGUUGCAGCAGCUCCAACAACAACAACAAGAAGAGGAGCAGCAGCAGGUGCAAGUGCAAGUGGCGUUUCAUGAUCGAAGCCAAGCGGCGGUAGACGAAGAAGCAACUCUGGCGCAUACGACGAUGAGCUACGCCGCCGCCUCCUUCGCCAACAACCCGUUGUGCAACUCUCCACCUGCGCACUGGAUUGCUGCCGGUAGCUACUGCUCACCACCACCCAUUCUUCGUCUUCCUUGUGAUCUCACGCCACCUGAACUGCCACUACCCACUGCCGCCAUGGGGGGAUUGGUGGAGUUGGAGCACUACCAAUACCAAGGCGGCUUGGAGCGUUUGGUUCGCAGCCUGCCUGCACAGCCGCUGGGACUGAACCUUAGCUUCCAAGGUUUUGGUGUCUCUGUGGACGAUGGUGCCAAGGACGACUGUGAAGAUCUGCUUGGCCUUCCAUUGACCCAACCAUCACCGGCAGCCUCGUACUCGUACUCACCUCCGGCAAUAGAGACGGCGACCACCCCUGCCUGUGGUCAUGGAUCACCGUCACCGGCGCUCAGUGCAACAGAUGCAGAGAACGAGAAGCACUCGGUGAUCGACGCGCCAGCAGCAGCGGCUUUUGUCCCGGUGCUGCUGGACGGCGGGGAGAUGAUGGCGCAGCAGGCAUCGACCGGCGGCGAGAUGCAGGGCGUGGAGUGCAGCGAGGCGGCGGCCGCGGACGUGGCCGCGUGGUGGAGCAAGAUCUUCGAGAGCGGGCAACGCGCGCCCCCAAACGCGGAGGACGUGGCGGCGGCCGGUUUGCCGGCGGAUUGGCGGUGGCUUUGUGGCGACGAUGAUGUCGGUGCCGCUGAGCAAGGAGCGGUCACGGGGGGCGUCCCGGCGACGAUGAUGCACGUCCACGACGGCGACUACUACAGCUGCUGCUACGAGGUGGAUCGCAGUCGCAGCGACGACGGCGAAGACGUCACCUUGCCGUGCAUGGACGGUAUCGGCGACGAGGUUCAAGGGUGGGAUGGGGAAUGGUUCUCAUGCUCUUGA